UGGUCAGAUUAAGGCGCGCCAAAGUAUUGACGUUAUUCGCUUGUCCUUGAUGCGUUGGAACCAAGUCGCGGAGGGAAAAGAUGAGAGGAAAAAAAUCGAGGUCCUUCUGAGGAUCUUAGUUCAGUAGCGCCGAAAUGUCCGUCAAGAAUGGUGGACCUGAUACCUUCACUCCCAAAGAGACCAAAGAGACCAAUCUGGCUAUGAAUGAGGAGGCCAUGAGUUUUGUGCUCAUCCGACUUCAAAUCUCAGUGAAAAGCGCCAUUUUGUUGGGAAUGUUAAUCGGAUCGGUUAUGCUACGCUGGGAACUGUGGGAUUCCGCUUUGAAACAUGGGGAAAUCGCUAUCCGUGGUUACGAAUACGACUCGGAUCGGGAUUGCGUGAGGGUGUACAAGAGGAACGGUCAAUUCGAUUAUUGUCGGCCUUUGGUCAAUUGUCGCAUGUGCGAGAAUGUCACCCACAUUCACGAGGUUCCCAACGACGACAUGGAUCCCGAGCUAUUCGAGAAAGAGUACGCGUUCACGGGUCAGCCCUUGAUAGUGCGUAAUGUCACGCAAGAUUGGAAGGCCAUGAGUGCGUUCGAUUUCACGUUCUUUAGGGAUAUCUAUGACCGACUGAACAGUCCGGUUUUGUACAACACCGAACCGGAUUGCCAGUUCUUCUCCUGGGAUUUCAGCGAGUUUUCCAGCAUGGACGAGGUAUUCAGCAUGCCGCGGGGUCGCUACCAAAUGAAGGGGACGUACACGCCUUGGUAUAUUGGGUGGGCCGAUUGCGACCCCCAAGCUCGGGCCAUUCUGCGCGAUUAUUACGAGACACCCUGGUUUAUUGCCAAAGAAUCGGAAUCCGGUCGCCGAGACUGGUUUUUUAUGGGAACACCUGGAUUUGGAGCCCCUUUUCACAUCGAUAACGUGGUGCACGCCUCUUGGCAGGCCCAAAUUCGAGGACGAAAAUUGUGGCAACUCCAGCCUCCGCCUGAAUGCAGUCGGAUUUGCCCUGGACCCAUGGAGACCGUUUUGGAGGCUGGAGACGUGAUCGUAGUCAACACCAAUUGGUGGUUCCAUGCCACCAGCGUUCUGGAUGGCCUGUCUAUUACCAUAACCAACGAGUACACUUGAAUGACCCGGGAUCAACCUUGUACGACGAAUCACCACAGGGGAGGAGGACGUUUCCAGUACAUUUUAUAUUUCAUGGUUUAGCCUUUGAGAUGAAUGACAUUGAAAAGAAGAGAGAGUUAGAGAGAGAGAGAGAGAGCUUUGCUUUGCUGUACGUACGUGCGUACUUUGUGCUUGUUUGUGUUGGUCUGAAACCCUUACUCGUGAAUGUAUUCGUGGGCUAGCUAGUUACUACUAUUGAACCAAAUGACCCAUCAUCUGCCCCCCAGGAUGGUUACUGGGCUCGUUAGGAUUGUUUUGAGCCUGUCCGAUGAUGGCCGAGACAUCUUGGUCUUUGUGGGUUUUGGCGUGCUUGGUCAAGUGAUCGGACCGAGAAAAGGCUUUAUGACAAACUUGACACCAAUAGCGCUUCUCGCCCGUGUGAAUUCGGACGUGUCGAGUUAACUGAUCGGAUCGGUAGAAGCGUUUGUCACAAUGGGUGCACCCGAAGGGCAACACGUCACUAUGAGAGUUUAAAUGCGACUUCAAGUGGCUCGUCUUGGUAUAUUCCUUGCCGCACCCUUGGAAAUGGCAUUUAUGGCGGGCUGGACGGACGCCGGGCGGGGCACUUUCGCAAUUGGGGCAUGAGCACGCCGACUUAUUCGCCGGCGAAGAUGACGGGCCAGAUGAUUUGGGAGCCACGGGUUUGAGUUUGGACAGAUCCGGGGGCAAGAUGUGCAUCGACCCGUCCGAGUUUUCCUCGGGAUGCCCCAUGAAGGUGCCGCCCGACUCUUUGGACACGUCAUCUAGCUCCAGUUUCAUGGAGUCCACCGAGGCCACGGGCUGGGACGAGCUGUCGUUAUCGUGGUCGUGGUGUCCCGUCUCGUCAUCCCCCCAUUGAAGAUCGACGUUGAUGGGCGUAUGCGUUUCGUCAUCCUCCCCCUCCCCUGGCAAGUGUUCCUCAAACUCCUGGGCAAAAGUCUUGUCCACUUGUAGGAUCACAUCCAUGGCGGUCAGGGCGGGAUUGGCCGCCACUUGGGUCUUGAUUCUGGGAUCGUGCCGCAUGAGCAGCAAGGACACGGCAUCUUGAGGCGAGAACUGGUCAAAGUUGCAGGCUUUACUCAAGUGCCACAAGCGACGCACCCACAGCUGGGAACUCUCGCCGGAGAGCGGGUGUCCGUGCUCAAAGAAGAACCGAUACCGGUUCAACUGAACGGCUUGCCGAUCGGCGAACAUCGAGCCCACGAAAUUGACCAGGAGCUCAAAGUCGGCUGAACCACUGUCGAAGCCGUACUCGGAUAAUUUUUCGCGCAUCUUGAACCCGCAGAGGAGCAGGAACAACGACGCCUUCGCGGCGGUCCCUUGAAUCGCGUGCAAUUGGCACAGGUCGUUGAAGGUCUGCACGUAGCAAGACCAACUGCGGUGCAGGUCGUGGCUGCCCGUGCCCGUACCGGACUCGGGAUCAAAUUCAGGCAUGAACUGUCGGAAUGAGCCGAGCCAAGCGUCUUCCUGAGGUUUUCCGAUUUGACCAUUAUUCCCCAGGCCAUGAUGGCCAUCCGAACCAUUCAUUUUGACGAUUUCCAAUCCCUCUGCGGCCACUGAAUCUCUUCUGAAUCGGACAGUUUUAACCCUAAACCGGGGCGGGUCACUUCUUAUUAUUCACGGAUUGAUGAUUGAUGAUUGAUGAGUUGAUGAAUUGGAUCAAGUAAUUUCUUAGCAUUCCGCCUGGAUUGAUUCCAACAUGCUUGAUCGGAGGUUAGCAAUGAUGGCUGGGGCAUUAGCGAUGGUGGACUUGGGAGUGGACACCCUAUCUAACGGAUAUUUGUUUUCACUCCUCCAUGGCUUCAUUAUCUACAAUGGUCCCUGGAAAAUAAUCGUCCCUGGAUGAAAGAACGAUAGCGCGCGAAUCCAGCCAGAUGCGGUGAGUGAGUGAGUGGGUCGCCUGCCUAGUUGGACUCCUCCUACUCCUCCUACUCCUACUCCUCCUCCUCUCGUACUGCCGUCUGCCCAACAGCCACACCCACUGAUCUGCCCACAUUCAUCCACAAGAGGAGGAGAAGAAGGAGGAGUAGGGAGAAGAAGAAGAAGAAAAGAAGGGGAAGAAGUAGACUACAACAACAGUAACCAUCUAAGGAGAUUCCGGCAGAGGGCGCGCCCCGCGCAACAUAACAACCUCUUCAAGACUUAGAAUGAUGGGACUUACGCCAUCUAGGAAUUGGAAAGUCCUCGAAAUACCCCAAUAAAGUUCUACAUACAGAGAGAGCUAGUUCUAGUAAAGCAUCACCUUGAUGAAAUUUUAUGUACCUUACCAUCUGAUGGCUAAGAGUCAACCUCUUGUUUCGAACCCUCUGACCGUCCAUCUCUUUUGAUUGAUUGCCUUGCCUUGCCACUCCUGGCAUUCCACAUUCUUUUUCGGAAAUACAUUGACGUGUUAUUGUUUUCUGACUCUAACCGCAGAUCUCUA